CCCACCGCAAGCCUGCCCACAACACCAAAUCAAACCUCCGACUUGCACAUUUGGUCUCACAUCAUCCGAAAAGAAGAAGCAGCAAAAAGAAGAACUCAAGUGUUCUUACUCACACUUGAGUUUCAUUUGUGUGCCUCCAAACAGCUCGUCUCUCUUUAACCCAUUGCUGGCUGCGAUGAGGUCAAACCUUUUGCGGGAUUAGUGGUAUUUUUAUUUUUAAUUUUAUAUAUUUUUGUCCAUUGAAUGAUGGCAGAAGAAGAAGUCAAUUAUGUGACGGUCAAGUUCAACUCUCACAACUUGGCAAAUGACACCGUGAUCUACGAAGACGUGAGGAGCGAACUGGAGACGUGGCCACCCCAACACUCUAGCCAAGAGAAGUGUGGCGAUGUGGAAGAGAUCUACGAUGACGUGCGGUCCAAGGAGUUACCUUGCAGUGUGCCUCACAUUUUCCAAGAAAAUGCUUCAAAAUUACCGCUCCACGCGCCUGUCACAUUGGCAGCUGCUGCUCUGGGCCUCCUAUGUGUCAUCCUCAUAUCUGUCAUCAUCGCGCUUACGGUGCAUCUGAACAGCGUCGUGGCCGAACAGCGCCGGCAGACCGUCAACCUGACCGCUCAAAAUGGGCACAUGCAGUCCGAGCUGGAGCGACUGCGGGAACGAACCCGGGAGCUGAGCAGGGAACGGGACCAGCUCAACUGGACCAUGGGCAAGGUUCUACAGUAUGACAAUUUCCCUGUCAUCGACCACUGCCCACAAAAAGUUUUAAGCCUGUGUCAGCCAUGCGUGGACAACUGGCUGCAGUUCGGCUCCAAGUGUUACCUGUUCCAGCACUACAUUUACUAUAGCAGCUGGAGGACCUGGCAGGGAAGCGUUGAUGAUUGCAGGCAGAAGAACGCGCACCUGCUGCUCAUCGAAAGCCAGGAAGAACAGGAAUUUGUCACAAACCAUACGAAGUACUACAGUGAUGACAAGCAUGGCUACUGGAUGGGACUCAGAGAACUCUCUAACAAGUGGAAGUGGAAUGACGGACGCAACCUCACUCUGGCAUUCUGGAGAAAUGAAAACGAGUACAUCAAAAACGGCUGCGCUCUGACAUCAAAGUCGCAGACGUCAAAAUCCCUGGACAACUGGAGCAAAGCCAACUGCGACAUGAGGAACAGAUACAUCUGUCAAACCCCUGCUUUCACUCAACGAGAUCUACACUAACACAUCACUUCAAUACAAAAAAAAUACAAAAUUUGGCUUUGAAGCUAGUCACGAUAUCUGUAUUGGUCUUAAUAGAAUUCUGACAAGAAAACUGGGUGGCUCCUGAUAAAGCUCUCAUACAAAAUGUUGCACAGUAGGGAGCUGAUUAUCUAACUUGCUAAACCUAUCGCAAUAGAUCACUGGUUAGCUUCUAAGAAAAGUUGAGAUAAGUAUGAGAAGGCUCUCAAGUUUAUUUUAGUGUAGUUAUAACAUCUUAGCUACUGAGGUAAGUAACCAAAUAUAAAACUCAUAGUUCGGACAUAGGGGGCAUUCUGAAAUACGCUCCGAGCAUGCACUGCUUCACUCUGACCGUUUACAAACUCAGAGCGAUGUUCAAAUGUGCCAUUCGGUUAUUCAGAGUGCCCCAAAAAUGGAGUACCGGAGCGCACUAGUCUUGACACUCCAAAUGGAGGCACGGUGCACCCAGUGCAUCAGGCAAUACAGAUAGAUGGAAAGCGUUAAGCACGUGCUGCAUGUUCAUAACAUGGACUGCAUAGAGAUAUUAAUAGGAGGGGAGCGAGCUCUGCCGCUUUCAAAACACAAACUCUCAGAGUGAUGUUAGGCCAUCAGAGGGAUUUUCCGAACACACCCUCAGUAACUAACGAGAAUGCUCUUGUUCAGUUGCUAGCUGGUUCGGUCUUUGUUAUGGCUGGGGCUGAUGUGGAAGCGCUAAUUAAACUGAAUUGAAAUGAAACAUGUUGCUGGUUAGCUCACGAGUCAGGUAGAAAGCUUGGCAAAUUGUUGCUAGCUGGCAAUCGAUAAAGCUCUCAAGCUAAAUCUUGGUCAGUAGCUUUAAGGUAACUGUCAAACUUGGCAAGUCAAAACUAGAAC